UUUGCAUGUAAUAUUUAAAUAAAUUAAAAUGUUGAUUAUUGGGAUAUUUUGUAAAAAUGGCUAGCCUGCGUUCUACCAACCUACAUUAGUUUACUUUGUAGCAAAUGCGUCUUUCAUGCAGAGGGAAUUAAAAUCACUACAAAGGCGAGAACCGUAUGAUAAGUCACCACGUCCACUAGAAAAAAACCUUCCACAAAUGAUGUACGAUACUAUUAAAACCAAACCUGUAGCUACAGCUUCAUCUACACAACAUUAUUCUACAGUGAGUCCAAAAAUUCUAAAAUUGCGACAGGAAAUGCAGGCUGACAUGACAAAACCUGUAUUUCUUAUUCGUGGAACACGUGAUAAAGUAUGUUUUGGUGUAACUGUCGCAUUAGCGGCAGUUUGCACGGUGUUGAAUUUCACGAACUUUGUAGAGCUCAAGAAGAAAUUUAAAUAAAUAUAAGAAGUUAAGAAAUGAUACCAUAGAUUCAU